UUAUGAGGUGCAACCAAAACAGCUGUUAGACAUUGUAACAGGGAUAUUCUGGCAGGGUGUCUGUCUAGCAUUAGUUCUGAAUACGGUUGUGGUUUUGAUCACUAAAAUGGCUGUGACUUUUGGACUCUCUUUGAGUGUUUCUUGGAUUUGUUGCCUGCUAAUUGGUGAGAUAACGUGUUUUACCCUUCAAGGUGCUUAUGGGCAUCCUACCUCUACUGUAGCCCAAGUGAGUGUGGUGUCUGUUCCAAAUGCUAAAGCUACUGGCCACAAUAGCUCGGCAAAUGUGACGUCGGGUCGAAAUGCCUCGGCAGAAGCCACCGGCCCCCGCGCCUCAGCAGAAGCCACCGGCCCCCGCGCCUCAGCAGAAGCCACCGGCCCCCGCGCCUCAGCAGAAGCCACCGGCCCCCGCGCCUCAGCAGAAGCCACCGGCCCCCGCGCCUCAGCAGAAGCCACCGGCCCCCGCGCCUCAGCAGAAGCCACCGGCCCCCGCGCCUCAGCAGAAGCCACCGGCCCCCGCGCCUCAGCAGAAGCCACCGGCCCCCGCGCCUCAGCAGAAGCCACCGGCCCCCGCGCCUCAGCAGAAGCCACCGGCCCCCGCGCCUCAGCAGAAGCGACCGGCCUUGAACCGACGGCCCGACCCCUCACCAAGCUAGAUAGGGAGAUCAUAAUUUGGUUUGCCCAACUCCUUAAUCGUCUGUCCCCUGUUACUGUGACUCCUUUUGAAGCCAAGGUAACUGAGGGGAAAUAUGUCAACUAAUGCACUUGUUUGAAAUGAGGUUCUCUUUCACUUGUGCAACGUCAUGCAAAUUGUUUACAGGGGUGAACACUACAAUGGUAUGAAUUGUUUUUAUAACCAUACGACUAAAAUUGACAUCUGACACACUUCUAGGUUCUACGGUUAUGCUUUUGAUUUAGCCUGGUGUUCCUGCUACUCUUGCAUGGUUUUCUCAAACAAUUUGACUUUCAAUAUACCUCGUCCUUCAAAUAUGUUCUCUUCUGCCUACCAUGUGCUUGCUGUUUGGGAACAGACUGUGGGUCUUGAGUAAAAGGGAAUGUGGUUCACAACUGUAAAAAUUUUUUUUUAGUUAUUUACCUUUUCUGGUAGUUCAACUGCUUAAGUUCUCUAAAUUGUCAGAGCUCAUGUUCUUUCUUUACCUGUCCUGUUGUGUAGGGUGUUUGACUUAAUCUUCCAGUUACCUGUUUCUCUAAAGAAUGUGAAUGCAGUUUACCUCAUUGUCCCAUUGCUGUCCCAGGUAAGCGAUGGUGUUACUCAGAAACAUUAAAACUACUUGACAAAUUUU